UCUGGUGUGGCUGCGCCGACGCGCGCCCCCUCCCACGACCAAUCAACGCGCUUCCCGCGGCGCGACCCCGCGUGGGCCCCACCUGCCAGAGGAGGAUUCAUCCCCGCCCCGCGCGCGCGUAUAAACGGACACCUCUCCUCCCCCCUCUCCCUAUCUCGUGUGAAUUGUGAUCUCUCCACCACCAUCACCACCACCACGACGCUGCAGGCAGAGAGGAGCACGCGGCCCCUGUGAUCUCCGUGCCAAAAUCCUCGAUCCCCCGCCGCGGAAUCCAGCAGAGGGACUGAAUUUUGCAAUUCUCAGCCAUGGGUUCAGUUGUGGAUGCUCCAGUGGUUGUGGAGGGGGUUGCUGAGAACAUGUUGGGUGAUAAGAAAGUUACAGUUGUAUUUGUUCUAGGUGGUCCUGGAAGUGGAAAAGGCACACAGUGUGCCAACAUUGUGGAACACUUUGGAUUCACCCACUUAAGUGCUGGAGACCUUUUGCGUGCAGAGAUAAAAUCUGGUUCUGAGAAUGGAACUAUGAUUGAGAACAUGAUAAAGGAGGGGAAGAUUGUUCCGUCAGAGGUUACUAUAAAGCUCUUGCAAGAUGCCAUGAUUAAAAAUGAGAAUGAUAAGUUUCUAAUCGAUGGGUUCCCAAGGAAUGAAGAGAAUCGUGCUGCCUUCGAGAAUGUUACAAAAAUUUCCCCUGCAUUUGUGCUAUUUUUUGACUGUUCUGAAGAAGAGAUGGAAAGACGUCUUUUGGGACGCAAUCAGGGUAGAGUUGAUGACAACAUUGAGACCAUUAGGAAAAGAUUCAAAGUUUUUGUUGAAUCAAGUUUGCCUGUAAUUGAGCACUACAAUGCGAAGAACAAAGUUAAAAAGAUUGAUGCUGCAAAACCAAUUUCUGAAGUGUUUGAAGAUGUCAAAGCCAUUUUUGCCCCAUAUGCUAAGGUAAUCUACUGAUUUCGCUUUGUUUUAACUCCUACAUGCCCAAACAUUAUAUUUCUGUUCUAAUCUUGCAAACAAAAUAGUUCGUUACGUCUUAUGUGUGUCAUCUACAGUUAGGUAUCCAGUUACUUGCACCUGACAAAAUAUCAUGGAUACGUGUUAUGGAAUGGUCCAUUCGCAUUUAACAUCAUAUUCUUGUUUAUCAGGUUGAAUAGAGAUAAAAAAAGGACCACAGAGGGCACAAAUGGUGGCGUGCUGUCAGAAAAGGCCUUGCUCGAGUGUGACUAUAUAUCUGUGAUUAAGAACCAUUGAUAUAGAAGAAAAGUUUUUCUUGGCUCCCAUGAGCUACCUAAUUAUCAGUAGGCAAUUCGUUUCGUUACCAGCAAUAAGUAGAUCCGAGUCUCGCUGCCCCCAUGGUGUACCGGCGUGUGUCCUCUGUAAUGCUGUACUGUUGUAUAAUUUACCUCAUGGAUGAUCAAACAUUAUGCCCUCCCAUCAGCUGUGCCAUUACAAGAGGGUUUAAAACUUCUGUAACUGUCACAUUCUUUCAUAAGCGAUUGGCUAUUCGUUAAUUUCA